AUGGGUUUAAAGAGGUUUGUUCAUCGGCUUCUAAGCAGGCCACACCGGUCUCGAAGAAUAUUAGCCUUACUUUCAACAAUAGUUGUUCUUUCAUAUAUUGGGUACUUCACAAAACAAGCACUGAUUUAUAUCGCAGCUGCGGGGCCUGGUAUUACACAGAUAUCCGGUAAUGGAGCAUCAUCCGGAUUAUUCGGGAAGAACUCCAAUGUUGAUGAUUCAACGAUUAUGAAGUAUUUAAACGAAGAAACUUUAAGUGACAAACAGGUAGAUAGUUUGAUUUCCUAUUUUGGUUUUGAUCCCUCUGAUAUAAAGGCCAUUCAGCACGAAACACUAUUUCAAGUCCUUAGAAGCAAGCUGAUCGAUCUCGGGAAAGGCUAUGAUGACUGGACAAAGAUCGCAUAUGUUCAGUAUGCUACUGAUAUUGAACAUAUAUGUCCCGCUAUUAUCAAUUUCCAGAGACUCAAGGAAAAGCAGGCCGAAGCUGAUUUUGUUUUCCUUUACGCCGGUAAUCAAACUUCCAUGGAUAAUAUUGAAGACAACGAAAGACGUCUUUUAAGGAGAAUAGAGGCCACUGGGGCAACAAUUAAAUAUGUUAAUCCUAUUGCAUUCAGUUCUAGUUCAUCAGAAUUCGAUAAAAGUUACACUAUGCUUUACGCUUUUGCUUUAACAGAGUACCGAAGAGUUGUUUUCUUGGACUCGGAGUCGUUAGUGCUGCAGAACAUGGAUGAACUCUUCAGUUUGCCUGAUUCCAUUCUAGCUGCAACGGUUGACUAUAAUGAUUUCAGGAAUUUCAAGAAGAUCAAAUUCGAGAUGGAUGAUGCUGUUUUGACACCAUAUGAUCGGGCCACUGGCAUUUCUGAAUUUUACGAUGCAUACAUUAAAUCCGAACAGGGUUAUAGUUAUGAGUGGAUGCUGAACAAAAUUUAUCCCGAACUUCCUUCGAUGAAGGUGCCAAUUGAGCUUCUCGAUUCCUACAAGCUGAAGUAUAAAUUGGCAAAUCAUAUACUGGUUAUUCAUCCUAAUAAGAAAGUUUUUGAGACGUUACUAAGCUCGCUCAGGAAGCGGGCUGAUGAUGAAAGGGAUUUAGAUGUAUUAAACGAUUACUUCGACCUUUCACGCAUUGUGAGAGAGCGUGGCAACUACUUCAAAAUACAAGAUGAAACUUCUUCAUCCAAUGCUAAGUAUAUUCCUCUCGUUCAAAUAAUCCCUCAUAAUCCUUUUGCACUUCUUUCUAACGAGUUUAGACAGUUUCAACGGGCACAUGACUGCUACUUAGCAGAUCCUCCAAAUCUUCUUGAACUCGGAUACAAUUAUCCAGCACUAAAGUAUACGGAAUCUGUGAGAACACCAAUAGGUACCUUAGAUGACGAAGAGUCAGACAGCUUUGUUCAUCCAGAAAUACCUUACUGGUCAUGGUAUUGGAAUAGGCAGAUAACAACUUAUGGAUGGGGUGCAAAGUCGAUUCUGGACGAUGCCAAAUUUGUUUAUUUUUCGGAUGUUCCAAUGCCAAAACCUUGGGUUAGAAGGCCAUCUGUUGAAGAGACAUUAUAUCAAAAAGCGCACGCAGAAUGCCUGAGGAAAACGCAUGAUAACUUUAAAGAUUGUGAAAAAGAGAUUCUUGUGUGGACAAAGUUAUAUGAUACGUACACCUCUAGUGUGGAGGACUAUUGUUGA